GCGAGCCGCACCGGACCUCUCGUGCGGCCGGCCGGGCGUUGGAGCUGAAGCCCUCGCGGAGCGCGGAGCGUCCCUCCUGGCCUCUCUCCACCCCUCCCUCUCUCUCCCCCUCUCUCUCGGCCCCACCUCCUCGAGGAGCGCCCACAGCACCAGCUCCUCCUCCUCCUCCUGGAAGCCCAUGUUCCUCGCUGUUGUUUUGUCUUCACACACACACGGCCCGUUCUCUCCCUCUCUGUCUCACAGUCGCGCUGCCCGACCCGCGCGCGCUGGUUAGGUUAUGUCGGUGUUGGUAAACAAAGGCCUGGUCCGAGCGAUCGCCGCCGCCGCGCCGCUCAGGCCGCUCCAAGCCGGUCGGGACGCCUCGCCCGUGGCGCGCCGGGCACCAGGACCGCGCUGACCAUGUGACGGACGGCCGCGGGGCCGCCAGGAACCCGGCAGGAGCAUGACCAUCAUGGCGGGGAGCAUGGAGGACCCCGCCGAAGACAGCCGCACGGCGCCGACGUCCGCGCGCGGGCCCGGCAUCAGUUUCAGCGUGGCCUCGCUGCUGGCUGAUACGCGACCGGCGAGGCCUCGCGGCGACCAGGACGGCCGCUUCUCGGACGAGGAAGAAGACGACGACGAUGGUGACUCGGGAACUGAAGGGAGUGUGGUGGACGUCGAGGACUUUCGCGAUGACGCUCGGCCGUCCACACCCUCGUCGCACGGAGCCGGUGCUACCCGGGGCCCUAUUAGACCCACGCCCUUCUCCGCCCUGGCGGCGGCCGCGGCUGCGUACUCGUCCCAAGCGACCGCGCUUCAGGGUCCCGGUGCCGCGGCUGCCGUGGCCGCCGCCUGGGCCCGGGCGGGGGUGGGGCUGGGCGCGAGCGUGGGGGUGGGCCUGGGGGCGGGCCAGGCUGCCUUCUACCAGCCCCACGUGUUUCACCAUAACAGGACCACAGGCGGUGAUGUACCAGGACCGGCCAAACUACGCUGCAGUCUGCGCAAGCACAAGCCCAACCGCAAGCCGCGCACACCCUUCACCACGCAGCAGCUGCUCUCGCUCGAGAAGAAGUUCAGGGAGAAGCAGUACCUGUCGAUCGCGGAGCGGGCCGAGUUCUCCUCAUCGCUGCAGCUGACCGAGACGCAGGUCAAGAUAUGGUUCCAGAACCGUCGCGCCAAGGCGAAGCGCCUCCAAGAGGCCGAGCUGGAGAAGAUCAAGAUGGCCGCUGUGGCGGCCUCCAGGUCGCACCCCCUGUUUGUUUCGCCAGGCCAUCACUUCUUCCAGCACCAGAUGCUUCCUCAACUGCCGCUGGGCGCGCUGCUGGCGAGGCACCCGAUGGCGCACCUCCUGGCGGCCCCCGCGGCCCCUUCGAGCGCGGCACCCCCGGCUCCACAGGGGGCCCCGCUCUCGCCCGCGCUACCCUCGCCACUGCCCUCGCCACACCCCGCGCCCGCCUCAGCACCGGCGCCCCCAUCGCCGCAGCCCUGAGUGAAGUGUGUAAAGCGUGUGUGGUACAUUACGGACUGUUGCACCUGUCUUCACCAUGGAGAAAGGUGUCUGAAACAUACUGAUCGCGCAUAAGUGGAGAAUCCUGUAAAAGGAUGGCUCCGAGCUCCUCUGUUUGUAGUUUGAGGAAAGUAAAGUUCCUUCAAAAGAAUACAGGGCGGCCACACACCCCGUUAUACUUGUACCGCAUGCAGGCGUGUGGACGCUUGCCUACUAGCUAAAGAGAAGGAACUGUGGUUAGUAACGGUAGGAAAAUUUGCCGGCAAGGCCACGCGUGCGUUGCAGUUGCAGCUUCAAGUGUUCCGGGGCCUCAUGUGUGGGCCACCGUGCAUAGAGUAGUGUAGUGCAUAUUAUGAUCCUGUUUGUUGUAUUUGUACAUAUUUCAUAAGAAAAACAUGUUGCAGCUUUGAAUUUAUUUAAUUGUUGUUGUUAUUAAGUUUUCGUCUGCUCGACUAUUAAACGGAUUCUACUAUAUCCGGUAUGAUUUCCUAUAAAGUAAAUAAAAAUAAAGAAGAAAAAACAUGAA